UAAGAAUGAAAAAAAAAGGAAAAGAAACAACGGCCAAAUUCCCGUGAAGGACAGUAGUUGACGUUACCGCCGGUCAAACUCCCGCAGGCCAAUCAAAAUGCAGGGUAAUCUUCAUCCCUCACCUUCACUUUCUCUCUCCUCCUCUAAAUUCCUCUCAGAUUCUCUCUCAUGGGAACCCCGAAGCAAUCAGGGGGCCGGGACGACUGCUGGAACGAAGAAUCCACGGGGGUGUUGAUUGAAGCGUGGGGAGAACGCUACCUCCGUAGCAACCGCGGAAACCUCCGUCAAAACGAUUGGAACGAUGUGGCUGAUGCCGUCAAUUCCGCCGGUGUUAUUCGCCGGAGAACCGAUAUACAGUGUAAGAAUCGUAUCGACACUAUCAAGAAGAAGUACAAGGUUGAGAAGGCGAGAUCUCCGCCGUCCACUUGGCGGUUCUUCCAACGCUUGGAUUUCCUCAUCGGUAAUGUUAACGUUGUAAAGGUAUCCGAUACUAAGAACGCUAGCCCUAGCCCUAACCCUAACCCUAACCCUAACUCGAGGUUGAGUUUGAAUUCGUCCAAUUCGAGCGAGUCGACUCAGUCGAAUGAGGGUGGAGCGGCGGUGGAGAUGGAGGUGGAUGUUGAGGAGAGAGACAGAGAGACGGCGGUGAGGGAGUUGGCAAGAGCCGUGGUGAAGUUUGGGGAGGUUUAUGAGAGAAUUGAGAGCUGGAAACAGGAGAAAGUUAUGGAAUUGGAGAAGCAGAGGAUGGAGUUGGCUAAAGAAUUGGAGUUUCAGAGGAUGAAUAUGUUUGUUGAUGCUCAAAUUCAGCUCGAAAAAUUCAAGCAUUCUAACAAGAAAUCUGCCUCAAGAGGCAAGAAAUUGUAGUUUGAAAUCAUACUACAUUUUCUGGAAAGAAGAUGAUGAUAGGGACUCAAUUCCCUUUGCAAGUCGUUUUAAGAUAAGCAGGAGCAUCAUCUUGUUACUUCUGCCUAGUAUUUUGUACAUCAGAUCGGAAGGUUGGAAGUCCUGCAGGAAUUGAUUCAAAAGAGCUCGCUUUCAGUGGUAUCAGUGGUUGUAAGUGUUUCGAGUGACACUAAUUUUUAAUUAGAGUGUGACAUAAAUGAUUUGUUGUGCUAUUUAUUGUUCAUCAAUCAAUGUGAACUAGUCAGGUAAAAUGGUCAGCAAGAUGUUUAGAUUUAUUCCAUAGGCUCUUUUGCUGCUAAGAUCUUUAGAAAUAGUAAUUGGUCUAUUGUUCUGCAUAAUUGUCGAUUCUGGACCUGUGUGGUUAGCUACAAAAAUUAAAUACAGAUCCGAUUUUCAGAA